CUCUUCUGUCCAGCUCAUCGGUUGCUGCAGCCUGCAUAUCGUUAGGUAGGUAUAUUCCUGCGGUCACUCUCGACACGGGGAUCCAUCUACACAUAUAAGGACUCUAGCAACGUACCCAUCAGGGCCUUUCGACGCCAAGGGAACCAACAGCCACGCGCCGUGACCCGGUCUGGUCUGGUCUGGUCUGGUCUGGUCAUCUUGUACUCUCUCUCUCUCUCUGUUUUACGACAACAGCAACAACAUCGACGACGACAGCAUCAUCCGGUGUUGUCUUUGUUGUUGUAGUGACAAGAGUUACUCAACACCCCCCUCACACAAUCAGAUCGGCUUCCUUCUCAAUCUCUUCACAUGUCCCUGGAUGUCGACUUUUAUCCCACAGACUUCUACUUCGACUUUCAUCCCGAAGGCCCUCGUUACCAAUACUGGCGUCGACAAUUCCUCAACAUACAAGACAGAGCCAGACCCCCCGGCGAACGUGAACGCAGCAUCUCCCCCACAGACUCAGAACCUGACCUCUACCCCCCUCCCGAGACCCCAUCUCCCCCAUCGAGCAUUGCCACCAUGGACCUCGAGAUUCUGGACAUGGGCAGAAGAACCACCGCCGAGGAUGAGGAUGAGGAGCCCGUUCACACGCCCCCCCGGCGCCGCACAAGGAGUGUUGAGCCCUCCGCCACUCGGCUCUCCUACUACACGCCCUCGAACCGUUGGAUGCAGAACCCUCAUUAUCCUCGCUCGGUCAUGAACACGCCGGCGUUCGAGAAUGUCCCGACACCCCAUGCCAUAGCCGCCCGUAGGGCCCUCGACCAGCGCCGCCUGGCCAUGUUCACGCCUGGACGCAGCCGCCGCCAGAGCUUCCGGGAGCAGAGGGAAACGCCCAUGCUUAUUCUACGCAACCUUGGCCGCGCCCUAGCGCCGACCAGCAACGUGAUUGACUCAUCGUCGUCUCCGGAUAAGACCUCGCCUGAUGGCAACGACGGCGGCAACAAUAAUGGAGAGGCCCGUGGUAGUGGGAGCGGCAGGUCUCGACGUGGCGACGACGACGACGACGACGACGACGACGACGAGCUGCCCAUUGACAGGCCUCGCUUGUCUUUGCCCCUGGACGAGGGUUCCUCGGAUGACUUGCAGCCCCCGCAGUCGUCAAUUCUCGACGAAGGCAACAUGACUGUCCAGUCGGUGGAGUUGCCUCGUCGGGCUACCAGCGAGGGCCCCCUUAGCCUCAGAGGAAGCCUCAGCUAUUUUCCUGGCAUUAGCGACGACGUCUUAUGGGACGACCCCUCUCGAGAGCACACGGUGUUGGAUUCUUUCGGUAGAACCAUCCGCAUUUCUCCUCAAAGGCUCGGGGAUCCAAACAUUGCGGAUUUGCGGUACGUGCCCACUACUUCUCUUCCUCUGCAACC